GGCAGCCCACCAGAAACUGGAGGACUUCCUCAAGAUGGUGGAGGAAAGGUGGCACGAUCCUCAGGAGGUUCAAAAGGCCAUCGGCGUGAUCUUGACACUGCACACGAGGCAGUUUAAGUCAAUUAGGGAGGCCAUCGACGUUGUAGAGCGUCUGAUCUGUGUCCCUGGGGUGCGCUAUGACACCCAGGUUUUACUCACCUCCUACCUGAGAUGCUUUCCAAUGCCUCUCAGGAAUGUGUUGGCAAGUGAAGCCAACAUCAACGUUCACAAUUUCCCCUCGUUCAACAAGAAGGCCCUAGACCUUGAGGCGAAGAUAGGGCAUGGGCAGGCACCCACAACGGAUGGUAGGAAGAAAACACUGCCUACCAACUGGAAGGCGAAGGGACGCAUUAUGUUUUUCAACAACGAUGGUUCAACCAUUGAGUUGGAAGACAACUUCCAGGAAGGAGUAGGUUCAGAAGCAGGCAGCGUUGAAGCUUCAGGGGGUGGAGUUGUCACUGCUGUAGCUCAGAAAGGCGAGCCGGUGAAAAUGCCGUUGGAGAUAGAGGGAGUAGUUGCCAAGUACCCUAAUCUAUUUCAAGAGCCAACAGGGGUUGUAGAGAGGGAGGUCGUCCACGCGAUAGAGAUUAUCCCCGGGUCUAGCAUCCCGAAGGAUAGGAUAUAUCGGAUGUCUCCAGGCGAGCUCGAUGAGCUACACCGACAACUCAAGGAACUCGUAGAGAAGGGUUGGAUCCGGCCGAGUGUCUCUCCAGUUCUAUUCGUACCUAAGAAGGAGGAGGGAACACUGAGGAUGUGCAUUGACUAUAGGGGCCUCAAUGCCAUCACUGUUAAGAAUAGAGAGCCCCUACCGCGCAUCGACGAUUUGUUAGAUAGAGUGCAAGGGUGUCAGUACUUUAGUAAGAUAGAUCUGAAGUCCGUGUACCAUCAGAUUGCAAUCCGGCCUGAGGAUCAACACAAACCCGCCUUUCAGACCAGGUACAGUCUGUACGAGUUUGUGGUGAUGCCUUUCGGCCUUUGUAAUGCUCCUGGCACUUUUCAGCACGCUAUGAAUCGGAUAUCCCAUGACUACUUGGAUAAGUUUGUCAUCGUGUACCUUUAUGACAUACUUAUUUUUAGUAAGACUGUCGAGGAGCACAUUGCGCACUUGGACAAAGUCCUCAGUCUCCUGCGACAGCACAAGUUCAAGAUCAACGGUGAGAAGUGCGAGUUUGGCCGCACCCGUGUCUUGUACUUGGGUCAUGAGAUCUCCACGGAAGGAUUGAAGCCCGAUGACGCGAAGGUGGCCAGCAUUCGUGAUUGGCCACGUCCUCAGUCUGUGACUGAGAUGAGAUCUUUCUUAGGAAUGACAGGCUACUAUAGGACUUUCGUUAAGAACUAUAGCAUAGUGGUCGCUCCUUUGACUGAUCAAACCCGCCUUGACACCCCAUGGGAGUGGACAGAUGAGUGCGAGGCUGCUUUCAGACAUCUGAAGCAUGCGUUGACGCACUACGAGGUCUUGAAACGUCCUGAUCCUGAUAAGCCGUUUAUAGUCACCACGGAUGCCAGCCAAUAUGGCAUUGGCGCCGUGCUCGCACAGCAGGAGGGGCCAAAGUUGAGGCCCGUAGAGUACAUGUCCAAGAAAAUGUUGUCUCAGAAGUUGGCCAAGUCCACCUAUGAGAAAGAACUUUAUGCAGUUUACAAGGCUCUGACCCAUUGGAGACACUAUCUCGUUGGGAGGUUCUUCAUCCUCAGGACUGAUCAUCAGACCCUGAAAUGGAUGAGAACUCAGUCGGUGCUCUCUGACGCUCUGAAGCGUUGGACUGAAGUCAUUGAGCAGUAUGACUUUGACCCUAAUUAUUUGAAAGGGGAGUACAACAAGGUUGUUGAUGCCUUGUCGCGUAGACCUGACUUCUCGGGUGCGCCGAUUACUGAGUUCGAACUGACAGACAAUGUUACUCAGUCUUUGGUGGAAGCCUAUCGCGAGGACCAGUUCAUGUCUGAGAUCAUAUGCAGACUUGAGGCGAAGGAUAAGAAAACUUUUGCUGAGUUUGAGUUGGUUAAUGGCUUGUUGUUCCUUGAGAAGGAAGAGAAUAAACGAUUGUGUGUCCCGAAUAGCGAGUCUUUGCGUACUUUGUUUUUAGGCGAGUGCCAUGAUGCCACCGACCAUUUUGGGUACAAGAAAAAUGCAGCCAAUCUACUGCAGCGGUUCUGGUGGCCCACAUUGAUGAGAGAUGCUAAGUUGUACGUGGAGACUUGUCAGGUUUGUCAGAGAGAUAAGCCGCGUACUCAAGCUCCUCUUGGGCUGCUGAAGCCCCUUCCGAUUCCGGAAAGGCGUGGUGAGAGCCUGUCCAUGGACUUCAUGGAUACGCUGGUCAACAGCAAGAGUGGAAUGCGCUACAUCUACGUCAUUGUGGAUAGGUUUAGUAAGUUUGCUAGAUUAGUUGCAAUGCCGGCAACAACUAAAACGGAGUAUGUGAUUACGAUGUUCAAAGAGAAUUGGGUUAGAGACUUUGGAUUACCUAAGUCCAUAGUUAGUGACAGGGAUGUCAUAUUCACAAGUGAGUUGUGAAAAGCAGCAGCUGCAGAGCAAGGUACGCAACGGCAGAUGACAUCGGGCAAUCAUCCUGAGGCAAACGGGCAGGCUGAACAAAUGAAUCGCGCUGUACGAC